AUUCAUGACACUACUUCAAACAUUUAGUUAGUCCUGAACUAAGGCUGAAAUUUAAUUUUCAGUAUUUAAGGUUCCAUUUUUUUCACAAUCGCGCCACUAAAAAAUCAAUUUUUUAAACUCAUGUUCAAUACGAAAAAAGCAAUGCGAGAGAAACUAAUUUUAUUUCAAAAUUUCGUCUUUUCUUCAUUAUUUCGACAAUUUGAUCAUUAUACCCAAUCAACAGUAUUAUUGUAAUUUUUUUUUAUUAAACUAAAACAAAUCUGUAAAACGCUCAAUUCAAAAAUUUAAACAUUCAUAAUGCGGCGGUCAAAUGAAACAAAAUGAUAUAUAGUUUCAUUAUCCGUUUUGUUCCAAUCAAAUUUUGACACUUCAUGCCAUCAAGAAGUAAUACAAGAUAGCCGUACCUCUUAUGAUUCGUGCAUGAAUAACGAAAUACAAAUUUAACUUCAAGAAUAGUCAAUCUCAACGCGGGAAUUUAAAUUAUGGCAGAUGAUUCCAGAGAGGUAGAUCAGCAGAAGAUCGAUAGCGCUAUAAAUGAGCUGGCGGAACGAAAGAAUGAUGGUAUCGAAAAACCGUCGUCAUCUAUUCCACAAAAAAGACCGUCUCCAAACUCAAACGUUCAUCAAAUGUCGCCCAAGCGUAUAAAUGCCGUGCAACACAAAUCGACCGGUGUGAAAAGUGAACCAAAGAUCGAGACAAUGAUCGAAAGCAGCGAUGAACAUUCAGAUGCAUUAAAACGUUCACCCGAAGAUGAACAAGCGAUGAAGGAAAAAAGUCCUGCUAGUUGCAGUCAAAACGAAGAGAACGAUAGCAUACAACAAUUAGAGAAACCUGUACGUUCAAAUAACUCAAACUCCAUUACGAAAUUAAUCGCGAAUCAUAAAUCGAUGUCCGUGAAUUCGUGCCUUACCAGCAAAAGUUUUGUGGAAGACUUUAAUGCGAAAUGGUGUACAAGUGACAAAAUGGGUGGUUGCCAAAAGUUCAACAAUGACAGUGUGAAAUUGUACAGUAGACCGUUUAAAAUGUGUAUAAUUUCUGAGUUGUUGGGUAAAAGUUCGUUUACAGAACAACUGGUGGAUGAAAUGGCGCAAAUGGAAUGGCAUCGAAAACAAAUGGAUCUGUAUGAAUUUCAUCAAACGACUGAUCUGGCAAAUUUACCACCGAACGCAAAGCCAGCGUUGAAAAGUUUUUAUAACAUGCUUCAAAACGAUCUUCUACCAUGGAUGAAAGAAAUCACGGGGCUACCGCUAACACGGAUCUCGGCAUCCUGUUCAAUGUACAAUUAUGGCGACUUUUUAUUGGUUCACGAUGACCUGUUGUCCGAUCGGCAAAUUGCUUUUGUCUACUAUUUAUCUCCGUGGUGUAAGGAAUGGACGGAGCAAAUGGGAGGCGCUCUAGAGCUCUUUGAAAGUGAUCCACUUACAGGCCAACCAAAAUAUCCAAUUGUACAGAAGUUUUCACCACGCAACAACCAAUUCGUAUUCUUUCGAGUGUGUAAGGAAUCAUUUCAUCAAGUUGGUGAAGUUACCAAUUUGGUUUAUCCACGCCUUUCAAUAAACGGAUGGUUUCACGGUCCGGCAACAAUCGAUGAGCAUGAAAAUAGUAUCAUAUCAGACUCGAUUGAGGAGAGUGACAGUGAUUUGGAUAUCAGUAAAAUGGAAUAUCAGUCACCCACCGAUGAUUUAGAUCUAAACGAAUGGAUAAAUUCAUGUUAUUUACGUAAACGAGUGAAACAAGGAAUCCAACAACACAUUGAAGAUAAAUCCGAAGCUUCGCUAGAAAUGUUUUUAAUAUCUGAUUUCUUUGAUUUGCUCGUAUCAGAGUUCAGAGAUAAUACCGAGUUAAAUUGGGUACUUGAAGGUCCGGCCAAUCAACGCAAAUACGAAAGUCUGCAUUUCACUCCACAGUCAACUGGCCCUCUAAAGGAUCUGUAUACUUUGUUUACAUCGGAUUCAAUGUUUGGUUUGUUGCACGAAUACACUGAGCUCGAUUUCCAUGGUAUUAAGGCAAGAAAUCCCACUUGUUCGGUGCAACUGUGUCGAUUCACACAGGGCUGUUAUACGCUGCUUGGCGACUCAUCCUCAUUCGCUGAUGAUGCUCUCGACAUAAUACUAUUUUUCAAUGUUCGUGAUGGUGUCGGCAAAAUCACAUACCUAAGUCCAUCGCAAGGUCCAAAUGAAUAUAACACGACCGCUGAAACUGAUGCAACCGCCAGUAGCAUGGAAAUAAGUGGAAUCGAUGACACUUUAAUGAGCCCAAUAACCAUAAAAUAUACUUCCAAUCCAUUACAAACGCCAAAAAAUGCCAGGCAUGCAACAGAGCAAUGCAAAAAUGCGAGCGGAUCAAGCAACAAUACUAAGGUAAUAGAAACAUCUGAAGAUGAAACGAACACCGAAGAUUUGUCAUUGAUCAGUAGUGAUUCACAAAGUGCAAUCAUGAAAAAUGUGGCUGCAAUAAAUUCAGCCUGUACAGCGCAAAAGAUAGAGGUUCGAGCAGUUGUUCAUGAGAACAAUGAUGGCGAUAGCUGCGACCUUGAUAGCACUAACAGCGAAGUGACGAGCGAUGAUGAAAACUUCGAAGAGUUGCAACAAGAAGAUGCAUUGUUAACCAUUCAUCCAAAAAAUAACUCACUCAACCUGGUUUAUAGACUCAGUGGUCAAACUAAAUUUGUCAAAUACAUUUCCAAAAAUAGUCUCAAGCCCGAUGAAUACGUUUACAUUCUAUUUGCCACAUACAAGGAAUAAAUAAGAUGAGACUACGGAGGGGGGGGGGAACGUUCAAAUAAAUACUGUAAAUCUUAACCAAAUAUCAAUCAUAUACAUAGAUUACAUUGUUGAUAGUAUUCCAUGGAAUACAUAUUUGUACCAUGAACAUAAGCAAUUUGAUGAAAUGCCACAAAGAAAAAACUAAGCGAGUCCGUUAGAAUCUACGCUCUGCAUUUAUUCAAUAAAGUUAUAUGAAUGAGUAAUAAUAGACAUGUAUUAUUUUCUUUUAACAUUUUGUAAAUGUAAAUAGAAAGCGUUCUUUUUUUCAUACAAUUAAAGCUAAAGAAAAUCAAGUAAAA